AUGACAUCAAAGUGGGAAAUUAAUGGAAAGACAUUUCUGAUAACGGGAGGAGCUUCGGGACUUGGUGCAGCAUACGCCGAAAGUUUUCUUGAACACGGAGCUAAGAAGGUGGCUAUAGUGGACAUAGAUCAGAAAGCUGGUGAGCAAUUGAGUGAGAAAUUGAACCGAAUUUAUACUGACAAAGUUGUGUUCAUAAAAUGUGAUGUCAGCAAAGAGAAUGAAGUGCAGACUGCCUUUGAACAGUCACUGAAGAGUCUAGGGUUAAUAGAUGUCAUUAUUAACAAUGCGGGAGUUAUGGACGAUUCGCCUAAUAAGUGGAGAACAGCGACAGAUGUUAAUUGGCAAGGUUUGAUCUCCUUGACCAUGAAAGGAGUGAGCCACAUGAGAAAAGACGAAGGUGGUGCUGGUGGUACGAUCAUUAAUAUAUCUUCUGCGGCUGCAUUAAUUCCCAUGCCUAUGCUGCCGAUAUACUCAGGGUCUAAAGCUGCUGUGCUUCAGCUGAGUAGAUCCAUAGCGUCGCCGGAUUUCAAUGAGGACACUGGUAUCCGCAUACUGACUUUGUGUCCCGGAGCCACUGAGACACCGCUUCUAAGCAAUCUUGGAGAUAAAUUCUUCGAUACCAAGGUCUCAGAAAAGACUUAUGCGAAAGCCCCUCCACCGAACACACAGAGCGUUCGUGCCGUGGUAGAGGCUAUGGUUAAAAUGUAUCGCGAAGGUGCUGCGGGGUCUAUAUGGCUUUCCCUUUACGAUAAACCAGGAAAGGAUGUGACCGCGUCGAUGGACGCUGCCUACAAGCAGAUGGAACAGUUGAUUUGGACAGAUGAAAUGUCAGAUUAA